AUGAUCUCACUCACAUUGGCGCCAAGUUUAAGGCCUUCCGGCCUGGAUGACAGAGCUUCUGAAUUUGGUGUGUCGGGUCAAGUGACUCCGUCUAAUUCUUUAAAGGCGACUACACCAAAAGAACUUUCUAAAAUUGAUGCCAAUCUUGUAGUUGGCUUCCCUGACGAGCAUCUUGCCUUCCAACCAACAGCCGUUUCCACGAUGACUACUAUCACCACAGUGACUGACGUUAUCAGUCCCACUCCUUCAUCCACUUCACCCAUCAUCAUGGCCGCCAUACAGAACGUCACUGAUGUCAUUGAAGUCGAUAUAAGCAACGGUAAUGCUGUUGUCAUCGAUGAGACGCGUGAUCGCAGUGAUGCUGAGGGAGACUGUAACAUGGAGGCAGAAGAAACCGUCAUCAAUGCGCCUGGAAGUCCAAGUAGAUCGGGACAAUCUUUAGUCUCUGUUGGCAAGACGAGCUCUCGAUUCACGCGUCGUUUUAGCCAGCUACGGCAAAAUUGUUCCACUCGUCGGUUGGCCGAUCUGUUCUCGAGCCGACUGACCAUGCGACAGAGCAAUGCUAUUUUACCGCCAGCAGUCUUGCCUCCGAGGCCGAGGGAGGCUGGCCAAGGGCUGAUAAAAACCACCACAGAAAGGCCCAAGUCUUGUCGAUCGGCCGGCUCAAGAGCAAACCAUAUGAAAACUAUAGCAAGAGCAUUUAGUUUUGGCGCUACACGCCCGGAGGCUGAUAAUCUCAUGAACACUAAAGUACCCAACAAACCUAAUACAGUUAGCCCUUUUGACGUCGUCGAACAGAAGGACCCGGAAAACACCAAAAUGUGA